CUCCUCUCAGCCCCUAUAUAUAAUCCCAUCCCUCUCUCUUCUUCUCACCAUCAAAUUCUCAUUCGUUCAACCUCUCUCACUCUCUCUCCUACACACAUACAAUGGGAUUUUUACAUCUCCUAGUCCUAAUCUCUCUCUUCCAUUCUUCCUUGGCUGCCAGAAAACUCACUUCCUUGGUCCAAGAACAAACCGUCUUACAGUACCACAAUGGCCCACUUAUCACCGGCCCCACAUCCCUCAACCUCAUCUGGUACGGUCGCUUCAACCCCUCCCAACGUGCUAUCGUCACCGAUUUCUUCACUUCCCUCUCCUCCACCUCUUCCCCAAAUAACCCCUCCGUCUCCACCUGGUGGAAAACCACUGAAAAAUACUACUCUCUUUCCAAAACCAAAACCCCUUCCCUCCUCCUCGGAAAGCAGAUCAUCGACGAUAGGUAUUCCCUCGGCAAAUCCCUGACAUCCAACCAGAUCGUACAGCUGGCAGCCAAGGGCGAGCAGAUGAAUGCCAUCAGCAUUGUCCUUACCUCAUCUGACGUGGCGGUCGAGGGCUUCUGCAUGAGCCGGUGCGGGACCCACGGGUCUUCCCCCAUGGGUGCGCAGGAUAAGAAGGGCGGGUCGAAGUUCGCGUACAUCUGGGUCGGGAACUCAGAAACUCAGUGCCCGGGUCAGUGCGCGUGGCCAUUCCACCAACCGAUCUACGGACCGCAGGGCCCGGCCUUGGUCGCGCCCAACAACGACGUUGGCCUUGAUGGCAUGAUCGUAAAUAUCGCGAGUCUUUUGGCCGGAACUGUAACGAACCCUUUCGGGAACGGGUACUUCCAAGGACCCGCGGACGCACCUCUCGAGGCGUCCUCGGCCUGCCCUGGGAUUUAUGGUAAGGGAGCGUAUCCCGGUUACGCAGGGAAGCUGCUCGUGGAUGCGAGUACGGGUGCGAGCUAUAAUGCGCAUGGGGCAAACGGUAGGAAAUACCUGCUCCCGGCUGUAUACGACCCUACCACGUCAACAUGUUCGACUCUCGUCUAGUGAUGAUAGAAGGAUAAUUUAGGAAUUGGGAUCACUAUACACUGAGAUCUGGUAUAUAUGUGGCAUAAACACUGUAAUUCUUUCUAGUUAAAAUUUUUUUACAACGCUGAAUAAAACUACAAGUAGGUGGUGAA